AUGUCACAACAAGCACGGUAUCAGCCUUAUUCAAGGCCUUCAACUCAAUCACAAAUCUCGAUCAAAGGUGCAGCUGCCCAGCGACGCAGUUUACACGAACGUUCUGCCCCAGCUCCAAAAUCAAAAACUCCUGCUCUUCCAGCUCAAGCUUCAAAGUCAAAAUCAAAAACUCCUGCUCUUCCAGCUCAAGCUUCAAAGUCGAAAGCAAACCUUCCGGCUCUUCCAGCUCAAGCUUCGAAGUCAAAAGCAUACCUUCCGGCUCUUCCAACUCCAAAACCAAAAUCCACCAAAUCAAUUCUUCCGACUCGCAUAGAUAGUUCUUUACCUUCCAGCGAGACUGAACUAUUCAGACAAGAUGACUUGACUCUGUUCAAUCACUCUGACCACAAUUUUGACGAAGGUAAUAACGGUGGCGGGGAUUCUGAAAGUGAACCAGGAGGCCAGACAGCCGCGGACCUCGCUAUCCAAGCCAUUCGGACCCAUGCCAACGAAAUCACUGCCGAGAGCCAAGCGACACACAUGAAUCGCGCCAAAGUGGGUACUUACAAUCGAGUUGCCACCCGUGUUGGCCUUGACACAGAGCACCGUUUCAUUGGUCGCACACUCUGCAAUGUUGGAUCUACUGAGGAGCAGUUCAUGACCAUGAUGGCAAACGUUCUGAGCUCGCCAAAAUUUCAUCUGGGGCUAUUGGUUGGAAAGAAAGCAAAGAGCUCAAAGUAA